CUGGGAACCCUGCCCAGCCAGGUCCUUACGGUUACAACCCCUACCCACAACAGGGAGGGUACCUACCCCAGGGCGGGUACCCAAUGCAGCCUGUUGGCCAGCCCUACCCGCCGCAGUAUGGCAUGCAGGGCCAGAACAACGCAACAGUGGUCACUCACCAGCCGAUGAUGACCACACAGCAGAUGGUUCACCAAGUGCCGGACCAAAUGAGCCUAGCAAUCUUCGCCACCCUCUGCUGCUUCUGGCCUGUAGGUAUUGUGGCCAUCAUGAGAGCUUCGGAGUCCCGGGCAGCCCUGAACCGCAACGACCUGCUGGCCGCACGGACUCUCUCUGAAGACGCCCGCCGCCUCUCCCUCAUCUCGAUGGUCAUCGGAAUUGUCGUCUUGGUCGUCAUCGUCGUUGUUGUUGUCGUGGUGGUCACCCAGAGUCCCAACUAUUACUACGGCUACUGAUUGAUCACGUCACUACAUGUAGGCACGAUGAAAGAUUACCGACUCCCUCCUCCCCCCCCCUUCCCCCGAACGCCCCACCCACCCACAUUAUACCAACCGACACAAAUUGCCGAACCCUGAGAAGAAAAUCAGAUCCAGCCCUCCUACCCCUCCCCCUCUCACCUGUGCCCUCUUUCCCAGAAGAAUAUUGAGGGACGAAAACAAGACCAAUCAACCCUAAAAUAAAUCAUUCUAGACUUCCUUUGCCCCCUUGCACACCAUUUCACACCUCGGUCGCCUCUGAAGUAUGACGUCUUGUGCUGUGAAAAGAGACAAACUGGCGAGAACUGUGCAAAAAGUGGAAACUUUCCUUGUAUUAAGUUUUUGGCCUGUCUUGGCGGAUUGUAUACCUAUGAACAAAGUGCUGUAAUUGUUAAGCCGGCUAAUCUAAGCUGUUGUUUUUAUCGUGUUUCUUUCCAUUCCAUAAUUUGUAUCUAUUGUAUUUGUGUUUGGAAUUGUUGGUUUGGUGUGUAUGUGUGAGAGUGUGUAUGUGUCGUUUUGUUUUUGUUUGCUUUUUUUGUUUUUGUUAGUUUGUUUGUCUGUUUGUUUGUUUGUGUUUUCUAUUUGGGAGAGGGGGGGGGGUAUUUUAGCCAUAAUGUUACUAUUGUGCAGUGUACCGUUGUAGCGAAGAACAUCAAUGGAGGGCAUGACAAAGAACUAUUUGUACCAUUACCACAACCACCACCACCAACAACAACAGCAGCAGCAACUACAACAACAACAAUAACAACAACGGUUCCCUCUUCCUGUUUGAUUAUUACGUGUCUCCAGAAAGAAGAGACUUAAAGAUAUGGUUAUUUUUGUUACUGUUUGUAAAUAAAGGCACAGUUAUUUUUGUGAGUAUCUGUAAAUAAAAGCAUAUAUAUUUUUGUGAGUGUCUUUUAAUUAAAAAAAACACCCAAAACAACAACAACAACAAAA